AUGUGCAAACACAUUCUCAACGCGCAAGUCUCCAUCCGCUCGCCCUGCUGCCGCAAAUGGUUCGACUGCGCCGAAUGCCACGCCGAGACUCAGAGCCACAAGCUACUGCAAACGAUGGAGAUGAUCUUCAUGUGCAAGAAAUGCCGCAAAGCCUUCCGCAAGAACAUGGAGACGUGGGAGGAUGCGGACGAGUUCUGCCCCAACUGCGACAAUCACUUUGUCAUCGAUGCCAAGACGCCGCAGGCGGCGUUGAAGGUCGAGAGUGAGGACACGCGCAUGGACGCGCGCAUGCUGAAGGACGAGCGGCUGCGGAAGGCGGACGAGGAGUUUGAGAGGAGUGUGUGGGAGGAUGUGGGUGGGGAGACGAAGCUGGGGUAG